UUCGAACACGUAUCUGCGUUCCUGAUUCUGUAUACGAGGAUUGUCUGCAAAUGUCCGACAACAUUCCCGGGCGCUUCUCCUGCAUUAACGCUAGAGACAAAUUUGAGUGCAUGACCUUAAUUGACAAGGAUGAAGCUGACAUUACCAACUUGGACGCUGAAGAUCUGUACCUCGGUGGCCGGCUAUACGACCUCGAGCCAUUUGCUAUGGAGGAAGUUAACGGAAACAUCUACCUUCAACGGUCUGCCGUCAUUGUGCCACGUCGUAGUCGCAUCAGCAGCAUCGCCGAGUUGAAGGGAAAACGUGCCUGUCUGGGGCCGUAUAACCAAAUUCACCGGUGGAAUGUGCCCAUUGGCAUACUGCUCGCCUCCGAGACCAUCGUCCCUGACUGUCGUGGAGAGCUACACACUGUGGAAAACUAUUUUGGCGACAGCUGUGCCGCCGGAAACUGGUCCACCGAUGCAGAGCUUGACGAGGAACUCAAGCGAUCGCACACUCGCCUGUGCUCCCUCUGCAAGGACUCCUCUUUUGCGCCCUGUUCGGAGAAUGACAUGUUCGCCGGCCCAGAUGGCUCGCUGAAGUGUCUCGUUGAGGGUGGUCGUGGUGAGGUAGCCUUCAGCACCAUUGAAAAUGCCGUCGAGUACUUCGCCCGCCGACCUGAGGAACGAGAGCACUACGAGCUGCUCUGUCUCGAUGGCAUGAGAAUGGCCAUUACCAGUCGAGGCUGUGACUGGGCGAAGCACCCCACCAACACCUUUGUCAUUCGAAAGAAUCGAGAGUUUUACCAGCCAUCAAUAGAGAAGCCACUUCAGGGCUGCACCCGACGGAACAUCACCUUCUGCCUGAGCCGUGAUGGUGAGCUGAACAAGUGCCAACAGCUGCAGAAGGCGGCCUUUGCCCGGCGCAUUCGUCCCUCCAUUCGGUGCUACCAUGCUGACACGCCCAGCACCUGUGUGCGCCUGCUGAAUGAGCGUCGCGCCGAUCUGAUGGUCCUCCCGCCGGACGCCUUCUACCAGGCGGCCCGCUACCAGUCGCUGCAGGCACUGGCCACCGAGCGCUCCAGUCGACCGAAGUACGGCGUGGCCGUGGUCAAGUCCAACUCGGACAUCACCGCCUUUGGCAUGCUCAAGGGACGGCGGUCCUGUCACACCGGCUUCGGACAGCUGGCCGGCUGGCUGGUGCCCAUUGGCGCCCUCCUUCAGGACCAGCUGGUGGAGCGGGGCAGCUGCAAUCGGGCCUCCGUCGUGGUGGACUACUUUGCGGGCAGCUGUGUGCCGGGGGCGGCGGAUGCUCGCAUCAACCCCAAUGGCACCGGCGUCGACCAGCUCUGUCAGCAGUGCAUCGGCGAUGAGCGAGGACGGCACAUGUGUGACCUGCAAAGUGGAGAAAGGUAUGCCGGGGAGGAAGGGGCACUGCGCUGUCUGGUGGAGGGCAGGGGAGACGUGGCUUUCCUCUCACAUGACACACUGCUCCGCUACACCGACGGACGGUCGCCCCUCAGCUGGGCCACCGAGCUGAAGUCCUCCGACUUUAGGCUGCUCUGCAGGACGCAG